CUUAAAAUAAGUCAUAGAAGGUUUUUUCAGUGAGAUGGGCUAAAAUUAAGAGAAAUGUCAGGAACCGAAGUAAAGAAGUGAAGGAUCAUGGUGGCUCUCGGUCUAAAAAUAUCUGGCAUUUUCCCUUUGCAUCUAGUUACCUAUCUACAACCAACUGCACCGUUUCGACCCUCAAUUUUGUCCCCAGCAGAAGAUUCAAGAAAUAAAUAAAACCCUGUAAAUAAAUUACUGAGGCUCAAAAGUAAGCUAGAAUUUUCAGAAUACUGAACGAGCCACAACAUGGAAGAACAAGGCACAGGAGGCGACCAGGCUCCUCUGUAUUCUGAGUUCUAUGAUAAUUCUCAGCAGCUUCUGAACCAUAAUUUUAACCUACAGCAGCAGCAUGAGAUUGCGCCUUUCAAUGGUGCAAGCAAUUAUAAUGGGACUGCGCAUUUUAAUGGUGAAAGCCAUAAUAAUAAUAGCCACCAUCUUCAAGAACAAGCACAAAGACGAACUCUGCAGCAGGAACAAUUUCAAAUGGUGCGGCAAACUCAACUUCAAAGAAAUAUUCAGCAGCAGCGACAGCUUCUGGAAAUGGAAACUCAGCAAGCUCUGCUGCUACAGUACACUGGAAGAUCAGGGCAAUUGUAUAACCAUGCGGACAAUCAGAAUGGGCCUUUCAAUGUUACCCUGCAGCAGAACCAGAAUGUUAACCUUCAGUCGCAGCAGAACCAUAAUGUUAAUGUGCAUCCGCAUCAGCAGCAUGAUGUGGAAAUGCAAUUUCAGCAGCGGCAGAAUAUGGAAAUGGACAUUCAGCAAAUUCAGCUGCUACAGCAGCAUGAUAUGGAACAGAGCAAGAAUGUGAAUAUGAAUGUGAUUUCACAGCCAACAGAGACUGUCACGGAUUCUCUACCAAUAACUCUACGAAAUGGAGAGAAAAGAAAGCGUGGAAGACCAAGAAAAUUGUGCAACCACGUAGACAAUCGAGCUUCCAGACCGCCUUUGGGUUCUACCAAGACGCCUCAGGGCCUUCAAUUUGAGUAUGGGGAACCAGCACUUUUUCGAGUCAUUGUCAUUGCACCUGGGGAGGAUGUGCACGAGAAAAUUAUGUCUUUUUAUCAACAGACACCCUUAACUGUUUGUAUAAUCUCUGCAAAAGGAACUAUUUGUAAUGUGGAUAUUCUAGAGAUUGAGUCUAGAAGAAUUGUAAACCAUAAGGGAGAGUUUGAAAUUCUUUCUUUGUCACAUUCCUAUACAAAGGAGAAUAAUGGCAUCCGUGUUACAUUGGUACAUCCAGAUGGUAAGAUUUUUAAGGGCAUAGUUGGAGGACUCCUUAUUGCAGCAAGCUGUGUAGAGGUGUUUGUUGGUGUUUUCUCCUCCAACGCUGUAUAUAUCUCAGGAGAAGUUGGAGAUAAAGGACCUUACAUUGAUAAUGUACGAGCACUUACUACUGAGUUUCCUAUCUCCAUUUCAGGGCAACCAAAUACAGAAGCAUACAGUGCUAAUGGCACAAAUGAGGGCAAUCUCCAACAAACUACAAGGGCACGCUUAUGAACAAUUAUCAAAUAGGACAAAGGCGAAAUUGUAAUGUUUAGAUUGUAAUAACACUUUUAAUUUUGAUAUAUACAUGAAUUUAAUGGUGAAUUUAUUAAAGGUCAAAUAUUAUAAUCGCUAAAUAAUUUAGAAGUUGUAAAUUUAAUGGUUUCAUUUUAUUUA